UGCAGUAAAUUAUUUCACUGACCUAUUUUCGGGACAGAAGACGUGUUGUUGACAUCGAUAUAUUUUUUGCGAAUAAAUACGAAAAUGGCAACUGAAGGAGCAAAAGAAAGAACUGUUGUGAUUGCGAUGGAUGGGAGUGAAUAUUCGGACUAUGCAUUCGACUGGUAUUGGGCUAAUAUUCACAAAGAAAAUGAUAAAGUCAUCCUUGUGCACUGCCCGGAGUAUCAUACUGUUGUCCAGUCUCAUGGCUUAAAUGUUCCUCCAUUUGGCAAUGCUAUGGUAAUGGCUGAUGUAACAGUGAUCACCGAGAUGAUGAAAGAAGAAGAGACCAGAAUUAAGGGCUUCCUUGAAAAACUUGGACAGAAACUAAAAGACAGAAAGUCUGGCGGUAAAGUGAAAAGCGUUGGUGGAAGCCCAGGAGAGGUAAUUUGCAAAGUUGCAAACGAUGAGCACGCUGAUCUUAUCGUCACAGGAACCAGGGGUAUGGGUACGAUCCGACGCACAUUCCUCGGCAGUAUAAGCGACUACAUCAUACAUCAUUCUCACGUUCCUGUCCUAGUUUGCAGACACAAGGAUCAUCAGCACCACCAUUAGAACCUCUCUGAUUGGCUGAUAUAAAUAGUAACAUGAUGUCAUCAGUGCAAGUCAUGAAUAGUGAUGAGAAAGUUAGUGACAAUGUUAAGGUUAACUUUUCAGAAUUUUUUUUUGACUUUUUAUCUCUGUUAAACAGAAGUACAUUUUGAUUAAAUAUAUAGCUAUAUAUUAUUUCAACAAAUGA